CCGGAAGAGGGUAAGGACAGUCUACACGCAGAAAGUAAUCUGGAUGUUUAAUGCGCUGUCGAGGUCAUUACAGUUUUUCUGGGCGAUUUAAAUCUACAACAAAAGCAACCCGUGGCAUUAUUUAACAGUGACAGGCGAGAGGAAAUUACCCGAUCGCUCUCAAUAAUAUCACGAUUUCAACCAUGUACUUCCAAAGCUUCCUUUUAAAAGCAAUAACAUGUGUUUUCUUGACAUUGGUGGCAAUGUUAAUUAGUUAAACUUGAAAACGACCCGAGCAGAUAGAACAGUUCAUUUUAGUGAAAUAACUUUAAUAAAUACGGAGUAAAUACUGGAAUGGAAUUCCAGCGAAAGAAGAAGCUCACCAAUUUCACUAUCGGACUAAUAUUCCUUUUCAGUGGCAUUGAAUACGCGGUGAUCUUGCCCACUAUCUGGAAGUACCUGCAGACCCUCCAUGCAGAGCCCUAUUUCCUGGGGCUGGGUCUGUCUGCGUUUUCUUUGACCGGUCUGCUGGCCGGGCCUCUAUUCGGACACUGGUCAGACCGGACUCGUAGGACCAAGGCCAUCAUCCUUUUUGCUAACCUCUUUGAGAUCGUAGGUAACUUCAUGUACUUCAUGGGGGUCUCCAAGUGGCUGCUGCUGUCCAGCCGGCUGGUUGCAGGUAUUGGCACGGGGGCUGGUGCCUCAAUCUUCGGCUAUCUGACCCGUGCCACGGCGCCCGAAGGCCGCGCCACCGUCUUCGCUGCAGUCAUGGCAUGCAGACAGGCGGGGCUGUUGAUUGGUCCAGCGUUUAAUCUCUUCUUGCGACUAUGUGACUUCAGACUGGGCCCAUUUAUAGUGAAUAAAUACACCUCACCUGGGCUCUUCAUGUGCUUCUUAUGGAUGCUGCUGCAGCUUGCUGUCGUCUUCAUGUACUGGGACCUCCCGCCACGGGGGGCGCUGCAGCGGGAGGAGAAGAAACAGGAAGAGGAAGAGGAAGGGGAGGACGAGGAGGGUGAGGAGAAGCCACUAGUUGCCCAGGACAUCCAGAAGUCCUACGGCAGCAUCCAAAGUGCUGACAUCCAGGAGCUCCCCCUGCCCAAUGGGACCCUCGACCCGCCCUCUCCCUCCCGCAGCAUGGGGCCUUUCCACAACUUUAGCGUAAGCAGAGAGUAUCUGCGGGAAGAGGUGAUGGUUCUGCUGACUGCCCAGUUCAUCACCCUGUUCAACCAGACCGCCCUGGAGACGAUGGUGACGCCCCUCACUCAGAAGUACUUUAACUUCGGGGAGCUGGAGAACAGCGCCAUGUACUGCCUGUGUGGCAUCGAGGUGAUCGCCGGCUUCUUCUUUGUGCGCUGGCUCAGUGGCCGCUACGCUGACCGGGUUAUCCUGGCCGUUGGGCUGGUCAUCUGCAAUGUCUCUUGUGUCUGGUUCCUCAUCUUCCUGUGCAAGCCCCGAGGCAAGGGGGCCUGGCUGCUGGCCCAGUUUGUUAUCGGGGUGUUCCUGCAGGUUCUGGGGCUCCCCUUUGUGUCGGUCUCGCAGAUCUCCCUCUUCUCCAAGGUGACGGCUGAGAAGACGCAGGGGUUCAGUCAGGGUCUGCGGCGCUCCGUCGGGGGUCUGGCCACCAUCUUGGGCCCCCUGUGGGCGGGUGGGUUGAUUGGGAACCUGUAUGUCAUGCUGGGGGUGAUGAUGGGGCUGCUGACUCUACUCACUGUGAUGAUGAGCGUGUUCUACAAUCAACUGGUGGAGCCUCGUACCAAGACCGACCACGCUGACACCCAGGAGGGCUGUGGCUAGUGGCUGUGGAGACCUGGCAGAGAGGCUGAGAGGCAGGCUAACACAUCAGAACGAAGUGAAAACCCCAUUCUCUCUGGUUAAAUACUUCUUGAAGCAAGCAUUACCUGUGUGCAUAUAUAUAUAUAUAUAUAUGGAGCGAGAUGGACUGUCUCUGUGUCUCUGUACAGGUCUGGGUUCUCUGUGAAUGUGAACCUUCCUCCCCUAACUGACUGGCUGAGAGGCUGCACUACACAUCACUCAUACUGGGCUGACCUUCACUAAGGCAAGGCCAGGGCUGGACAUGAGCUGGACACUCCUUCCAGGGCCCUAGGCAGGGCUGUGAUACCAUCAUAAACAAGAGACGAUAUCCCUACACGCGCCCACACACACGCACACACACACGUGCACAUGCACACCUCUCCCAAUACAUAACUGCAUCUCUGGAGACAGCCUCUGAAACAGUCACUAAUCCUUUCCAUGUCCUGAUCCUCAGACCAUCCUGAACUCUAAUCACUGAACCAAACUACCAGUCAGCUGUAACAAUAAUACCUAUUUAUGGCAGUAAGUUAGUGCUAAAUAAAUAGGAAAAUAAUUAACAUAUAAUGAAUGUAUUAUACCACAUGGUCCUAGAGGGCAGGGGCUUUAUUUUCUAUGGAAAACGGAUUGUGUACAGUGUAGGUUGCACUGAAUAUCAGGUAUAAGGUAUUUCACUGUUUGUUUUGUUAUUUGGUACUUUUAAAAAGCCGCUAUAAUUAUUUCUUAGUGUGAUGCUGUACACUUUUUCAGUUUGUUCAACCUUUACGCCAAGAAUCCUGUGUUUCCAAUACUGUACACUGCACUACAUCCCUGUAAGUAAUGCAUUAUGUCAUUAAUGUGUACACAGUUAUAUGCAGAACGUGCAGGAUGCCCAUUGCACACGGAUGGAGUUUCCUCCCUGUUGUGGUUUGGCCUGGAUCAACAGCAAUAUCAAAAUGUUUGCAGGCUUUGAGGAUUGAAGUACUACAGAUGCAGUUUUCUUUUUUAAUGCAGCUUUUU